CGUUCAGUGAAGUAGUAAUACGGUUCCCAUCCACACGCUGUAGCGCCAGCUCCCGCCUGACUGUCUGCGUAAAGCUCGGUGAAUCUCAAGUGGACCGAGAGGAACUGGUUCAGUAAACAACAUGAACAGAGGACACCUGGGCUGUUUUAAAGACAAUCACCUUUAUGCAGUAUCUAGUUCUCCCAAACAGAGGAGCCGUUAUUUGUACAUCGUCCUCCCUCCCCCACAGCCACUUCUUCUCGUGCCCACUACAAUGGAGAGAGAAUGAGAAGAGGUGCUCCAAGCAGAACAUGAGAAUGAAGACGUGCACAAAGAACAAUAACACCACACUCAGAAGAGGUGAGAGUGCGAUGAGGAGAGGAGCCAGAGAGUGAGGCGAUGGGCUGCACCUCUGCUAAGCAGGUGUCGGCCGUGCCCAGCGACGAGGAGGGCCGGGGCAAGGCCUACAGCAACGGAGACCUCUUCACCGACGAGUACAAGAUGAAGGGAGUGGAGGAGGUGAAGUACAUGCGUGGAGAGGAGGACCGGGUGAACACACGCAACCAGGAGAACCUGGAGAAGACCUCUUUACAGUACAGGGGGAAACCGCACAAAGAAGGCUCUGGAGCCAACGCCAACAGGACAAAUAUCCACACAUCAGAGAGCCAGCAGGAGUUCUUCAGGAUGUUGGAUGAGAAGAUUGAGAAGGGACAGGACUACUGUUCAGAGGAAGAGGAGGCAGAGGAUGGGACAUAGCAAACAAGGCCUGCCUCAACCCCCUACAGAGAGCCUCCCAGAGCCUCAACCCCCUACAGAGAGCCUCCCAGAGCCUCAACCCCCUACAGAGAGCCUCCCAGAGCCUCAACCCCCUACAGAGAGCCUCCCAGAGCCUCAACCCCCUACAGAGAGCCUCCCAGAGCCUCAACCCCCUACAGAGAGCCUCCCAGAGUGUGUGCGUAUGUAUGUUCCACUGCCUUUGUAUGUGAUUCUGUAUGUGUCUGUGUGAGCAUGUAGGUUUUUUGUGUGUGUGUGAAAGAGCGAUGGAUAGCUAUUCUCAAAGACGGUUGCCCCCCUCUUGGCUGUCGUCCCAUUGGGCCCCUGAGUGGAUUACUGGAGGGAGAGACGAACGAGGAGACAUACAGACAGACAUGUGGACUCACUGCCCUGCAGGACUAUGGAGAGACGCACAUGGAGACAGACAUACAUACAGAUAUGUGGACUCACUGCCCUGCAGGACUAUGGAGACCCUCCCCUCUACCCCAACUACCACCCCAGUGAACUGCACUGUGGUCCCUGGUCCAGCUUUGUGUAUACCACCCCCUCAUGACAACAACAUGGAAAAGGAGGACGAACAGAGGAAGAGCAUUAUGGGAGUCUGGGAGACACCCUCCUGGUUUCCACCCUCCAUGGCCCUUACUAUUGUGCUUCGCCUGUGAGGAGCAGAGAUGUGGAUAGAGAAAGAGGGGUCCUGGGGAGGGGGAGGCACUUCCAUAACCCCCAUCAGACGACGGAGGCUCGCUGCUGCAGUGGGCCAGAGGACCCGAGAGAGGGGAGGGGGGAAAGAAAAACCUAGAUAUUUUAAUAAGAGAAAGAAGAGUCAGUGAGUGGCUUAUUUUGAAACUCUGAACUCCUGCCUUUUUGAAGGACUUUUUUAUUAUGUUGAUCCAUUUAAUUAUUUUUUGUUUAUUUUAAUGUUUUUUUUGCUUCUAUCAUAGUGCAUCACCUCCUGCAGGCUACAGCUCUAUAGGUCAGAGUUCCUGUGUCACUACACAACCUGUCCUCUUAAAUAUACCUUCAACACUAAUAUACCAGGCCCUGGCUAUGUGAAACACACUCAACUUCAUAUUCAUAGAUGCCGACACAGAAGUGCACGCUCAUACAUACAUACAGACACACUCUCAUACAGACAGACAAAUGCAGAUAGACUCAUAUAUAUAUAUAUACACAAACACAUAUGCCAUUGUAUUCCUGUCAUUCUUCAGCUGCGUGUUAUGUAAGUAUGUUAAUAGGCUGUGAUGAGGGUUUUGGGUGAAUGUUGGAAGCAGCAGCUGUGGGUUUCUGCUGCUGGACUUAUUCAUGUGCACUUGUAGUGUUUAUUACUCUUUCCUCUGCAUUGGUAGCCCAGCCUCCACUUCUCUUCAACUCAGCAGUAUUGAUGCUUACUGGCAGCGUGGAGUCACCCUCUGUUGACACACACACACACACACACACACACACACACACACACACUGCCUUUUCAUGGAGUGAGAAGUGAGAUUCAAAGGAAAAGAGGUGUGGUUGCCUGGGAGACACAGCCCUGAACGUUAUUCUGUCAUCAUUACUAGAUCGUUCCUUUUUCAUUUGAUUCAGUACUUUUUGUUUUUCUAUUAAAAAUAAUAACACAGGAGCUGUUCAUCUGCUGUGUGUAUCUAUCAGUGGUGGAAAAAGUACCCAAUUGUCAUACUUGAGUAAAAUUAAAGAUACCUUAAUAGAAAAUGACUCAAGUGAAAGUCACCCAGUAAAUUACUACUUGAGUAAAAGUCUAAAAGUAUUUGUUUUCAAACAUACUUAAGUAUGAAUAAUUAAAAAAAUAUAUAUUAUAUUAAGCAACCCAGACUGCACAGUUUUUUUAUUUACAGAUAGCCUGGGGCACACUUCCAACAGUCAGACAUAAUUUACAAACGAUGCAUGUGUGUUUAGUGAGUCUGCCAGAUCAGAGGCAUUAGGGAUGACCAGGGAGGGUCUGUUAAUAAGUGUGAAUUUUACCAUUUUCUGUCCUGCUAAGCAUCCCAAAUGUAAGAAAUACUUUUGGGUGUCAGGGGAAAAUGUAAGGACUAAAAAGUACAUCAUUUCCUUCAGGAAUGUAGUGAAGUAAAUGUUGUCAAAAAUAUAAAUAGGAAAGUACGGACACCCCAAAAACCUACUUAAGUAGUACUUUUAAAGUAUUUCUACUUAAGUACUUUACACCACUGGUGUCUAUCUGUGUGACUCAGAGGUGGUAUGUGGUUAACAGUUAGAGUAAGGAAAGUCGUUUCAUGCUGACAUCACAGUUGGAUUGAAGAGUCAGUAGAUUUUCCUCUGGUACUGUUCCCAAAGCCAUGUUGCAGUUUAUACAAGUGGAGUGUAGACACCUUCUGGUCAAGACUGAUGCUUUGUGCCAUCUGGUGGUUGAAUAUCAGAAUUGCAUCUGAGGCGUCAUGAACUAUAUGUAUUGUGAUUUGAUACUGUGAUUUUUAUUGCGAUUUGAUGUUCCAAACAUAUGGCUCAUCAUGUCUGCUGCAGAGAGGCGAGAGACCCAUGCGCAAACGAGUUUUGAUCAAUCAUUGAAAUAAAAGUGCUGGGAAAUGUUUGGAGAACAAGCUCUGAAGGAAAACUACUGGAAUUUUCGUGCAGGUACAACCAACCAGCGCAAAAUGAAUGUGACAUUGUCAAGACAAUACAAUAUACAGUGGCAAGAAAAAGUAUGUGAACCCUUUGAAAUUAUCUGCAUUUCUGCAUAAAUUGGUCAUCAAAUUUGAUCUGAUCUUUAUCUAGGUCACAACAAUAGACAAAGUGCUUAAGCUAAUAACACACAUUGUUGUAUUUCUUGUCUAUAUUGAAUACAUAAUUUAAACAUUUACACUAGGUUAGAAAAUGUAUGUGAACCCCUAGGCUAAUGACUUCUCCAAAAGCUAAUUGGCAGGAGUCGGCUAACCUGGAGUCCAAUCAAUGAGAUGAGAUUGGAGAUGUUGCUUAGAGCUGCCUUGCCCUAUUAAAUAACACUAACAAAAUUUGAGUUUGCUAUUCAAAAGAAGCAUUGCCUGAUGUGAACCAUGCCUCAAACAAAAGAGAUGGAAGAAUUGUUGACUUACAUAAAGCUGGAAAGGGUUACAAAAGUAUCUCUAAAAGACUUGAAGUUCAUUUGUCCACGGUAAGACAAAUUGUCUAUAAAUGGAGAAAGUUCAGCACUGUUGCUACUCUCCCUAGGAGUGGCUGUCUUGCAAAGAUGACUGCAAGAGCAAAGCGCAGAAUGCGCAAUGAGGUUAAGAAGAAUUCUAGAGUGUCAGCUAAAUACUAACAGAAAUCUCUGGAACACGUUAACGUCUCUGUUGACAAGUCUAUUAUACAUAAAAGUGUCAGCUAAAUAAGAAUGGUGUUCAUGGGAGGACACCACAGAAGAAGCCACUGCUAUCCAAAAAAAGCAUUCCUGCUAGUCUGAAGUUUGCCAAAGUGCACCUGGAUGUUCCACAGCACUACUGGCAAAAUAUUCUGUGGACAGAUGAAAAUACAGUUGAGUUGUUUGGAUGGAACACACAACACUAUGUGUGGAGAAGAAAAGGCACAGCACACCAACAUCAAAACCUCACCCAACUGUAAAGUAUGGUGGAGGGAGCAUCAUGGUUUUGGGCUACUUUGCUGCCUCAGGGCCUGGACUGUUUGCUAUCAUUAACGGAAAAAUGAAUUCCCAAGUUUAUCAAGACAUUUUUCAGGAGACCGUUAGGCUAUCUGUCUGCCAAUUGAAGCUCAACAGAAUUUGGGUGACGCAACAUGACUACGACCCAAAACACAGAAGUAAAUCAACAACAGAAUGGCUUCAACAGAAGAAAAUACACCUUCUGGAGUCCUGACCUCCACCAGACUGAGACGCUGUGGCAUGACCUCAAAAGAGCAAUUCACACCAGACAUCCCAAGAAUAUUGCUGAACUGAAACACUUUUAUGGUCCAAAAUUCCUCCUGACCUGUUGUGCAGGUCUGAUCCGCAGCUACAGAAAACGUUUGGUUGAGGUUAUUGCUGCCAAAGGAGGGUCAACCAGUUAUUAAAUCCAAGGGUUCACAUACUUUUCCCACCCUGCACUGUGAAUGUUUACACAUUGUGUUCAAUAAAUACAUGAAAACGUAGAA